AUGCCGCCAGAGGAGGGGUUCAUCACUUCAGGCAGCUCGAGGGGGAGAAGACGUUCACAUCAUGCUUGUCUCACUUGCAGGAGGAAGAAGACGCGGUGUCCGGGUGAGAAGCCGGCGUGCUCCAGCUGCCUGCGCCUCUCGCAGUCGUGUUCUUAUCCCGCCGUGAGGCCGUCGCAAAGCGGGAGAUCGGAUGAGAGAUUGCAAACCUUGGAAGAGAAACUGGAUCUCCUCCUCAGCGGAGGGGGAUUGUAA